AUGGUGAACAAGUCUAGAAAAGAUUGGUCUCUCAAGCUCGAUGACACACUUUGGGCUCUAAGGACGGUGUACAAAACCCCCAUAGGCACAACCCCUUAUCGGUUGGUGUAUGGGAAGGCUUGUCAUUUGCCGGUUGAGUUGGAAUACAAGGCUUGGUGGGCGAUCAAGGAGCUCAACAUGGAUAUGAACUUAGCGGGUGAGAAAAGAUUGCUUAAGCUUAAUGAACUUAAGGAGCUCCAGUAUGACGCCUAUGAAAACUCAAGGCUCUACAAGGAGAGGACUAAGAGAUGGCACGACCAACAUAUAAGGAACAAGAGCUUCAAAGUUGGAGACAAGGUGUUGUUGUUCAACACUAGGCUCCGUUUAUUUCCCGGAAAACUAAAGUCAAAGUGGUCGGGGCACUUCACAAUUUUGAGAACUACUCCAUAUGGAUCCUUUGAGUUGGAAGCGGAGGGGAACAAGUUUAUGGUCAAUGGGCAUCGUUCGAAGCUCUAUCAUUGCAAUAAUCAAGUGGGUGUAAUUGAGAGCAUAAGGCUUGAUCCUUCGGAUCCAAAGCCGCCCUUUUGA